UUUGCUCAAGUAAGUGCUUUCUGAACAGAAAGACCCCAAGCACCAAGCCGCACAACUUCAUUUCAGUCCGCCAAAUCAGUGAAAUCACAGUGACCUCGAUGACCGCCAUGGCCACCACCACUACUCUUCUCCUUCUCCUGAUCCUAACCGCCGCCAUAACCACCGCCAGCUCAGCUCCGAUCCUCGGUCUCGACACCAUCCUCACCCACCAAUCCCGCCUUGACCGCCAUGCCACCAACGACUCCUUUCUCUCUCUCUCCUCCUCCCUCAAAAACUCCCUUUCCCAUUCUUCCCCUCUCUCCCACGCCCCCCACUCCCUCAUCUCUUCCCUACUCUCCCUCUCCCUCCCUCUCUCACUCCACGUCCGCCUCGUCGGCCCCUCCUUCCCCGCCAGCUCCACCGCCCUCCUCUCCUCCUUCCUCUCCGCCGCCUCCCAACGCUCCAACCACUUCCACGUCAUAUCGCCCUACGAAUCCCUCUCCCACCGCCUCGCCGUCCAGCACUCUCUCCACCUGGACGUCUCUCAUUCCCCCUCUCUCGCCUCCCUCCUCACCAAAACCCUAAGCUCUGAGCUCGCCAAAACCACCUCCAGCCUCCGAUCGCCGCUCCUCUCAAUCCCAUACGACUCCAUCGACCAAAUCAUCAAGCAGGACUUCGAGAAGGAGAAGCCGGUUCAUGGGGUUUACUUAUAUUUUCUCGAUUUGGGUCAGCAAUCCAAACCCUAUGCUUACAAUUACGGAUCUGGGGACUCUUCCCCUGCAUUCACCAAGUGUUUGGGCAGCAUUUGGACCGGGAAAGACCGGUAUAUCUGGAUCGAUUUGGGCGCCGGACCGGUUGAUUAUGGCCCGGCGCUUUCAGGUGAUGGGGUUUUGCCCAGAGGCGAAUUUCAUCCGUUGGCGGCGUUGCACGGCCGCCCAAGGUCUCAAAAGGCGUUGCUUGCUAACUUGGCAUCCUUGGCUUGGAGUGCUUACCAGGUUCUUCUUGUUCCCUCUUUGAGAAUUCCUGUUCAGUUUGAGAAUUCAUUGAUUGUUCAGUUUAUACAUGUUUAUGGGUCCGAUGACGGUAAGGACUCGAGUGGUUUGGAUUGGAAAUCGAUUGAGAGGACGUUUAUGGAUGAGGCAAAUAGUAAUGGUUUGUUGUUAGGGGGUCAGAGUUUGAGUUUCAGGACUAAUAGGGUGAGGUACUCAGAUUGCCCGAUUUGUUCAUUUGCGAUUUCGAGGUCUAUUAACUCGUAUACAUCGAGGUUCUUGUUUGAUAACUAUACUUUGAUUGCAAGUGAGUAUUUGGACUCGAAGCGAUUGCAUCAAAUAUUGUCUGAUUCGGCUGACGAGUUUAGGAGAGUGGCAGGGUUCGCUGAGGAGGAUUUCGGUCGGUUUCUUCCUGUUUAUGUGUUUGAUUUGGACUACAACAUGCUGUUGUUACUCGAUAGGUAUCACCAAUCGGUUGCUUUCAAAGACAUGGUUAUUGCAGUGAGGACAAAGAGCACGCAGACUGUGAGUGAUUAUAGCUGUAACGGGCAUCAUGUGUUUACGCAAACAAGAGAGCUUGAGAGACCGCUUGUUGGUUCAAUUUUGCAGAGCAUGUGGGGAGUGUCACCAACCCAUAUCCUCUGGAGCCCUAGGCACAAUACUACAUUGGUGGAUUACACAUGGAGUAUCGGCCAGACUCCGUUUGGGCCAUUCUCUGAGAUUUCAUCCUUAUCAUUUGUGCAGAAGGAUGCUGCUCGGAGAAAUGUUCUUUUGACAUCAAUGAAUUACAGCAUAUCGACUGCUGUAGAUGUUCUCGAAUCCUUAGCUGCACAUGGUGGGGAAAGAAAGCUCCUUAAGCGUAGUCAACAUGUUGAGUUCAUACAGAGGUGGAACUUGUUCAAGUAUAAGCUGGACAAAUCAGUCUCUGCAAUGUCACUUUUGGAUUUCGAGAUGGCUUUGUUUUAUUUGCGGGCCUCAGACCACGACCUAUACGCCAUGCAGUCUCUCGUCUAUCAAGCCACCCAAGACGUGGAGGCAUCCCUUGUAUGUUUCAAGGACCCGCCCGUUCCAUGGAACGGGAUCUUUAUGGUGGCAUUUGUUAUCAUUUUUGCCUUUUAUCUUCAUUCCAAACGAGAUAAAGUCUUUCGAAAUAAACGUAAGCAAUUUUGAAGCUUAGAGGAAUGUGAAGAUUGUAUCUUUUGAUUUCAAUACUACACUGUAUUUCUGUAAGAAACACGAUUCGUAUGUCAGGCACUAGUCUUCAGUUUUGCUCAUAA